AUGGCGCGUGGGCGGCGGCCCGCGGUGGCACCUGCGAAGAGGGUCACCAAGAAGGUGCCGGUCGAUACGUCGUCAUCCAUAGCCGAAGCCCUCCGACAGGCCUCCGCCGACGGUGACGAUGACGGUGUUGUGCUUGUGUGCAGAAAAGUGGCUGGAAGGCGUGGCAGGACUGCCGCAGACAAGCCAGGGUCAUUAUCCCAGCGGCAGGAUUGUCGUUUGCAUUUGCAACCAACGGCACCAGAUGUGAGCUUCUGGAAGGGAGUCUGCCGGCACACUACACUGGUGCAGGCAUUGGCAAACAUUGGGACGCUUGUGGAAGCGGAGCCUACAUUGCUGUUCGCAUCCCCUCACCCGCGAUACCCGUUUUCAGCGUUGUCGGUGGAUCGGUUACGGACAGCCAUUCAGGCUGUCGUCGAUGCCAACUUCAUCCUGCAAUCUACAUACGGUGGUGAUAGUAAGCCCGUGUCACCGAGUGAUUCGCUCCACAAAAAAUGGGAAAUUGUGCGGAAAUUGGUUCAGCUCUCUGAAGCGGCGGUGCCGAUGAAGACGUCUGUCCUUAAAUACGCUGCCAUGACGAGCAAUGGCAACAUGAGUACAAGCAACAGCGCUGAAGUUUUGGUACCUCCAACCACCCCAUGGGCCUUACAGGACCGUUUACAACGCCUUAAGCGUCUUUGGCAGCUGCGGGAGUGCCAGGUGCACAUUAUUUCAGAACUUCGCCUCUGCAAGACGAAGCGUGAUGUGGCGGUUGCCCUCCUCGGUCCCUCGAUGGAUGCGUCCAACACUGUCGAGCCACUGCCUGGGAUGAGCUCCUGGCACCAGCGGGAGCAGUCUCUCAUUAAGGGUUUGGUGGACCAGGUCAAUGAUGAUAGUCCCUGCAGCGAAUCAUGGGGCGCCCCAUUUGCUCCGGCUUUACGUGUUUCCGGUGGCUCGUACGUCCUGCAACGGCGCUUUCGGAGCGAGGCGUUGGUCUCUCUGCUGGAGGCUGCCGAGUUCUUUGGACUGCCGCCGUUUCUGCGUUCAAUCCGCGUUAGUGGUGGGCGAGCACGCCCCUUUUCGCUGCAAGCUGCGCCCACUGUCACGCCAAUGGAGGUUGGAGGCACCGCGCACUCCGUAGAGGAGCCGCUGCCGUAUUUCUUCCCGUUGCCGUGCGAUCUGGAUCCGCGCUGCUACGAGGUACCACCGCCGGGCCAAGCGAAGCUGGUCCAGGAGGAGCUGAUUGACUUGGCGUGCCGCCACUGCCGCUUUGGGGCGCUGGUGGGGGAGGCGGAUCAGGUGCUGGCGCUGCUGCACGCUAGUGCUGCGUACCGGCAGCGGGUAAAGGCGGAGCAGGUAGCGUUGAAGAGUGAGCUGGCGGAAAGUGAUCGGGCGCCCGGGGUGGGCGCAGGUCCGGGAGAGGACCCGCUUCUCGCUUAUGCGCAGCUGCUGGCCACCGCCGCACAAGAGGGAAGCAAGAAGGAAGGGGAGGUGCAUUGGCUCUGUGGCAACCACUGGAGUUCCACGAUGAGCUACUACGCGUUGGUGCUUGCAGCGGUGCCGCCGCACACAAGGGGCGAGGAAGCAGAGGAGCAGGAGGACAUUGACGGAGACGAAUGUGCGGCGCGGCGGAGUGAUGAUGCCACAACGCUGUACUACGUGGCCGCCGUUUUGGAGCUCACUCGCUCGUAA